AUGUCACCUACUGAUGUCUUCAGCUCAGGCUCGACUGCCUUGAUCACGGGAGCCGGAUCAGGAAUUGGACUUGCCAUUGCCAAGACAUGCCGAAGCAAGGGUAUGCGUGUUCUUCUUGUCGAUAAUGAUGAGGAAGCUCUUGAGAACUUGAACAAGCAGCAUUUUGUAGACGAUUCCGAUGCUCUCACUUCAAAGGUCGACGUCUCAUCUCCUUCAGAUUGGCAGUCACUGAAGAAGCUCGCGCUGGACAAAUUCGGCACCAUUGAACUUUUAGUCUUGAACGCAGGCCGAGGUCUAAAGGGCACUUGGGGAGAUGAUGACUACUUUCGAGAUACCCUCGAAACCAAUCUUUUCGGUGUGAUUCACGGCAUAAACACCUUUCUCCCUAUCGUCCAAGAGGCUGCCAAGUCAAAGCCUACAAGUAUCGUCAUUACAGGCAGCAAGCAAGGCAUCACCAACCCUCCUGGAAAUGCAGCAUACAACGCUUCCAAGGCUGCAGUCAAGACCCUGGCUGAGCACUUGAGUUACGAUUUGAAGAACGAAAGCACAACUGUGCACCUACUUGUCCCCGGUUGGACCUUUACCGGACUGGCUGGUGCAAAGAUCUUCAAGGAGAAGCCAGAUGGGCCUUGGACACCUGAGCAAGUCGCGGAGUAUCUCUAUGAGAGGAUGGACAAGAACGAGUUUUAUAUCAUUUGUCCUGAUAACGACGUGACUGAAGAGAUGGAUAAGAAGCGCAUGGCAUGGGCGGCAGGCGAUGUGGUCCAGCGACGACCACCACUGUCACGAUGGCGUGAGGAGUGGAAGCAAGAGGCGGAAGAGACCAUGGCAAAGAUGGAAAUUUAG